AUGUUCACCCACACGGUUCUCAUUGGCCUCUCGGAAUUGACCAAGAGGACCAUCAGUGCAUUGAGAUUCUCCUGUGACGCGUCUUCCUCAAAUUCUAUCCUUGAACAUAUCUCCCGCCUUUGCGAGUUUGCACUAAAGCCAAAGCGGGCCAGUUGA